AUGCCCUCAACCCCCACCCUGCAGGUGGUCCGUGAGGGGGCCACCUGUCCUGCCUGCACAAGGCCCCUGGAGGAUGCAGUGACCACUACCUGUGGACACAUCUGCCAGCUCUGCCUCCUGCUGCCCUCCCAGAUGGGAGCUCAGCCCUCAGGCAGGAUCCUACUCUGCCCGCUCUACCAGGAGGAGAAGCAGUCAGAGGCCCCCAUGGCCCCUGUCCCCCUAGGCCCGCUGGAGGAGACUUACUGUAAGGAGCACGGUGAGAAGAUAUACUUCUUCUGUGAAAAGGAUGCUGAGUUCCUUUGUGUGUUCUGCCGGGAGAGUCCUUCCCACCAGGCUCACACUGUGGGGUUCCUUGAUGAGGCCAUUCAGCCCUACCGGGAUCGUCUCAGGAGUCGGCUAGAAGCUCUAAUUGUGGAAAGAGAUGAAAUUGAGAACAUAAAGUAUCAAGAAGACCAGAAGCUUCAAGUGCUUCUGGCUAAGAUUGAAAACAAGAAGCAACAGAUAGAAGCAGCUUUUGAGAGGCUGGAGCAGGACCUGAAGGAACAGCGGUGUCUCCUGCUGGCCAGGCUGAGAGAGCUAGAGAAGCAGAUUUGGAAGGAGAAGAAUGAGUACAUCACAAAGGUCUCUGAGGAGGUUGCUCAGCUUGGAGCCCAGGUUACAGAGCUGGAGGAGAAGUGUCAGCAGCCAGCAAGCGAGCUUUUACAAGAUGUCAGAGUCAACCAGAGCAGGUGUGAGAUAAAGACUGUUGUGAGGACAAAGACCAUUUCUCAUGAACUUGUCAAGAAGAUCCGCGAUCUCCAUAGGAAAACACUCGCCCUCCCAGAGAUGAUGAGGACAUUCUCAGAAAACUUGGCGCAUCAUCUGGAGACAGAUUCAGAGGUCAUCACUCUGGACCCUCAGACCGCCAGCCAGAGCCUAGUCCUCUCGAAAGACAGGAAGUCGGUGAGGUACACCCGGCAGAGGCGGAACCUGCGCGGCAGCCCCCUGCGCUUCGACGGCCUCCCGGCUGUGCUGGGCUCCCCGGGCUUCUCCUCGGGGAGCCACCGCUGGCAGGUGGAAGUACAGCUGGGCGACGGCGGCGGCUGCGUGGUGGGGGUGGCUGGGGAGCAGGUGAGGAAGAAAGGAGACAUGGGUCUGAGCGCCAAGGAGGGCGUCUGGGCCGUGAUCUUCUCGCACCAGCAGUGCUGGGCCAGCACCUUCCCCGGCACCGACCUGCCGCAGGGCGACAUCCCGCGCGCCGUGGGCGUCGCCCUGGACUAUGAGGCUGGGCAGGUGACCCUCCUCGAUGCCCAGACCCAGGCACCUAUCUUCACUUUCACCGCCUCUUUCUCAGGCAAGGUCUUCCCUUUCUUUGGCGUCUGGAAAAAAGGUUCCUGCCUGACUUUGAAAAGCUGA